GCUUUGCUAUAAUCUCUGCGUUUUACAAAUUAAACUUGUUUAUUUUGUAGCUUUUAUUAAAAUGGAGGACUUUUGCCGAACUUGUGGCAAAACAGUGAAUGAAGAAAGUUGCAUCAACAUAUUUUCACCCCAGAGGCGACGACUAUUACAUUGCGUGCGCAAUAUUACAAAUUGUUGGGUGGAAAAUGUUACCGGCUUUCCAAUUUAUAUUUGCGAGGACUGUCAAAUUCUGGUAAAGAAGGUAAAUACCUUCCGUAAGCGCUGCACAAAGAUCGAAGCUUUUCUAACUAAACGGAAAGCCAAAUUGAGCUCAAAUAAUGAUAUUUCGCCAGUAAAAUCAAUUCAUAGUAAGAUUUCCGAUCCGCUUCGAAUUGAGGCUGUGGAUGCUGAUGUUAAUAUUAAAAGGGAGACAAGAACCACCCAAGACAUGCAAUCUGAUGAUUUGCUUAAUGAGCUUCACGAUGAUACCGGAGAAAUGAACGAAUGUUUUAGAGAUCAACCGUAUUCCGAUGACUGUGCUGGUAUAUCAUUCGAUGACGAUAUUGAAGAACAACCCAGUAAGGACUCUCUCACUGCUCGCACUGAAGCUCAAUCGAAACCUUCAGUCAGCAUUGACCCGAAUACAAAAGCGAAAAAUAGCACCCGCAAAUACACUAUGCGCGUAGGAAAGCGAACUAUGUACAUAAAACUAACAAAUGAGAAGCAGCCGAAGCGCAUUGUAGACCGGGAACGACAAUGGGCCUCUGCGCGCCCCUGUAUUUGUGAGCACUGUGGCCGCCAAUUCAAAGAUGGCAGCAAUCUUAAUGUGCAUUUGUUGCGACACACUGGCACUAAGAAUUACGAGUGCCAGGAAUGCAACGAAAAAUGCUACACAUUACAUCUGCUUCGACGCCAUCAAUUAAAGCAUACAGAGGGCCCGUAUGCGUGCACCUUCUGCGGACUACAAUAUAGUACGAACAGCUCCCGGGUGCGACACGAACGUGAAGCUUGCAAGAAAGGUCGAGGUCCACAAUCAAAAACGGAGCUAAUUAAGCGUGGUGAACGCACAUUUCACUGUGAUGUAUGUGAUCUUUGGUUCCUGCGCGCCGGCAAUUUAACUCAGCAUAUAAAUUCAUCAAAUCAUAUUGCUAACGUGCGGAUAAAAAGUAAAAAAUCCCAAUCAAAACAAAAGAGUUCGCUAAACAUAGGUGUCGCAUCAUAAAUAUAUGUUU